AUUUUCAGCUGUUUUAGAAUUAAGAACAAAAUGAUAAAAUGAUUUGCAAUAUAUCAUAUAUUAUAUUAAUUGUAUUAAUGUAUAUUUCAUUUGAAAAAAAACAGGAGCCUAAAACAUUGUAACAAAAGUAGAGAAAACAUAUUUCACAGCAUGGUGUAAACAAGGAUUAAAGUUACGCUUAAACACACUCCAGAAGAUGUUCGCGUGGAAUAACAUCCGAAAAAAUCGGUUUAGUAUUACGGUAUUCUUUGUGCUUUCGUUGCUAACUUUCAUUUUUAUCAAACAAAAACAAUACGAAAAUGAAGAAAUGAUCUCCCGCAUAGAGGGUGCCAAAAGUACUGUUCCACCACUGAUAUUCAAAAGCAUAAGACUCUUAAAAGAAAAAUUAAUGUCAUUAGAAUUUGAAAACAAUGUACGGACGCAGGAGCUGUUGACCUUAAGAAGAAAAUUAAAGGAUAGAUUUGCAGAUAAUAUGACUGAAGGGAGUUCGUUAUCUCUUCCUAGUAUAUACAACGUGUUACCGCAUUUGUUAGGACAUAAAGAUGCGCUAUCACCAACUACGCACUUAUCAAAAGGUAGGAAAAACAUUACCUUGGCGUUUGGGAUACCCACGGUUCGCAGACAGAAAAAAUCGUAUCUCCAUCAAACUUUACAGUCGCUAAUCAGCGGUUUGAAUGAAGAGGAGAGAAAAGACGUACUACUUAUUGUUUUUAUCGGAGAACAGAAUCCAGAAUACAUUCAAGAAAUAGUAUCCGACGUUAAGAGUAAGUUCUCUGCUGCUCUCCAGAGCGGUUUGCUGGAGGUGGUUGCGCCACCCAGAAAUUAUUAUCCAAGCAUGGAUAAUUUACCGAGUACCUUUAACGACCCUAAGGAGAGGGUGAAGUGGCGUGCUAAACAAAAUUUAGACUAUGCUUUUUUGAUGAUGUACGCUCAAAGCCGGUCGAUAUUUUAUAUACAAAUGGAAGAUGACGUCAUAGCAACACCAUCCUAUGCCAGCACGAUUAAAUCGUUCGCCAUGCAGCAAGCAAGCAAUAAUUGGUUCAUGUUGGAAUUCUCAGCUUUAGGCUUUAUUGGUAAAUUAUUUCAUGCGUAUGACUUAAGUAUUUUAGUGGACUUCUUUUUGUUGUUUUACAAAGAAAAGCCGAACGAUUGGCUGCUCGAUCAUGUAUUAUGGGUAAAAGUAUGCAACCCUGAGAAAGAUCUAAAACAUUGCAAUCGCGAGAAAGCGAAACUUCGGAUUAAAUUCAAACCUUCACUCUUUCAACAUGUUGGCAAAGAGUCCUCCCUGAAGGGAAAGAAACAAAAUUUAAUCGAUAAAGAUUUUAAGAAAUUAGCGUUGUUUCAAGCGCACUUAAAUCCAGCAGCAACUAUCAAAACAAACUUCGAAGAAUACCAAACGUUUACCGCCCGUCGUGGUUAUCUAGGUCAUUCGUUUUUCUGGGCGCUAGCGCCACACAAAGGCUCCGUUCUUCGCAUAAUAUUCGAUCGUCCGCAGAAAUUAAAAAGGUUUUUGUUUCGGAGUGGAAAUGUGGAACAUCCUGGUGAUAAAUUAAUAAACGCAUCCAUUGAGAUACUGACACAAAACACGCAAAACCUCAGAGAAAUAUCUGCAACCCACGGGGAGGGUUUUAGUGCGCCAUUUUUAGAUCAGGAUUAUUUAAGGAUAGGUCAUUUCGACCAUACUGGUUUAGGGCAAGGCAUAGUUUCCGAAAACGUGGGAACUGUAACAGAGCUGCGUAUUAGAGUUCUUUAUGACAUUAAAGACAAUUGGGUCAUUCUUAGUGAAUUUUUUAUUGAAACUCGGAAAUCGGGUACAAAAACAUAAUAUUUUAUAGAUUUUUUUGUUUGUUUGAGAUAUUUAUGUCAUAUUUUAUGAAAAAAGAUUUCAUCUUGCUUGCCUCCUCA